CUCCUGUAGGUCUUGACGACUUUUCCUCUCCAGAUCUUGUACACUAGCAACUUUCAUUCUAUAAAUCGGAAUCUGGAACGCAGAGACAAAAUAGUAUUUUUAUAACAGCAAACAUGUGGAGGCAGGAAUCCCCAUCACCAACACAGGGCUGUAAGCGGUUAAAUUCUAUAUCACCUGAAGGCCAGGAAUAUUAUAUAUGUUUCGAUAAGAAGAGGAGAUCCUCGUAUCAGAUGAGCCGGAUGUUAGCAAGACAGCAACUUCUAUUAAAAAUUCAACGAGAACUCGAAGCAAAAGAAGCGUGCGACUGGCUAAGGGCUGCUGGAUUUCCGCAAUACGCUCAGCUAUAUGAAGAUUCUCAGUUUCCAAUUGAUAUUGCAUCUGUGAAGCGAGAUCACGAUUUUCUAGAUAGAGACCACGUGGAGCCACUUUGCAGACGGCUGAACACACUAAACAAAUGUGCAUCAAUGAAACUCGACGUCAACUUUCAGAGGAAGAAGAGUGAAGACUCAGAUGAAGAAGACCUUUGUGCUAUUAGUGACAAAUGGACCUUCCAAAGACUCAGUCGCCGUUGGUCUCGGGUGGAUGAUAUUGAUACAUUGUUCCGUCGUUCUGAGCGACUUGGAUCCACUGGGGAUAUGAAAAACACUACAAGCAGCGAAAGUGUUUUAACUGAUCUGAGUGAAAUAUGCUCCAUCCACAGUGGAAGUAGUGGUGGGAGCGAUUGUAGAUGCUCGUAUCUUGGGAGUAGUGCUUCCAGGGAAACUUUUGAAUAUCCUGAAAAUAUGUGCAUGUCCGACUCUAAUGCAACAGCUAUUUUGCCUCAUUUUUGGCCAAAGGAUAUUGCAGAGGGAAAACUGAAUGUCAAGAAUGAAAAACCUACACAGACUAAAUCAAAAACUCUUUUAAAAUGCAUGGGAACGCUCAGAGGAAAAGGGACACAUGGCAAGUUAAAAAAUGCACAAAAAACUGGAGGUUUAGUAAUUAGUGACCCUGUACUGCAACUGGAGCCUGCAUCCCUCAAAACUAUGAACUGUACUCAGGUAGGAAAAGUGCAAGUGAAGGACAUUAAUUUAACUGGAAGUUCAGAUCUACAACCCCAAAAGGACGCAAAUGCUGAAAGCAAGGGUCCUGAAUCCAACAAACGUGGGGGUAUGUAUCUGGAGGACAUUGAUCUGUUUACAGUGUCAGGUACACGUCUGAAAGCAGGUCAGGCUCACAAAAAUGAAUUUCAUUCUCAAGAGGAUUUGGUUGUGCAUGUUCCAAAAGACCAUAAGCCUGGGACAUUUCCAAAAGCACUUUCUAUUGAAAGCCUUUCACCUACAGAAAAUUACUGUGGUGUAACCUGGCAAGAUGGUAAGCUCUCCCACAACAGGCAGAAGGUCCUUAAUGCCAAAGAACCUAGAAUUAUGUCUUCUAGGUGUCCAAGGGGAAGCCGAAUUAGUGUGUAUGAUAAUGUUCCAGGGACUCACUUGUAUGCCAGCACUGGAGACCUUAUGGACUUAGACAUAGAUGAUCUCUUUCCUCAUUUAGAUGAUGUGUUACAACAUAUCAAUGGACUUCAACAGUCUGUAGACCACUGGUCAAAAGAUGUUAUGCCAGAGCUACAGGACGAUAAUGUGUCCGUAGAUGAAUCAGGGACAUCAGCAUUUAAUUCUCCUAACCCUAUAACAUUAGACUUUGAGGGGAAUUCUAUUUCUGAUGACAGGACUACUCCAAGUGAUCUGGAAAGAGAUGCUACGUCUCUUAACGAAUCAGAUACAAAUGGUACAAGAGAAAGAAGAGAUUCUGGAGUUGGAGCAUCACUUACUAGAACAAAUAGGCGCUUACGGUGGCCGAGUUUCCAGUUCUCUCAUCGGCUCAGUCAGUCUUCAGCAUCGCUACAGAUCAGCCAUCAGACAGCAGGGCAGCUGAAUUUACUACAAAAAUUUUCACUGCUUCACUUGACAGCUAUAAUGGAAAAGUAUUCCAUGUCAAACAAGCAUGGGUGGACUUGGUCUGUGCCAAAAUUUAUGAAGAGGAUGAAGGGGCCUGAUUACAAGGAUAAACAUGUAUUUGGUGUUCCUCUAAUGGUUCAUGUUCAGAGAACCGGGCAGCCGCUUCCCCAGAGCAUUCAGCAAGGGUUACGUUUCCUGCGCAGCAAUUGUUUGGAUCAGGUUGGUUUGUUUAGAAAGUCUGGAGUUAAGUCUCGGAUCCUGGCCUUGCGCCAGAUGAAUGAGAGCUGCCCGGAGAAUGUAAACUAUGAAGACCAGUGUGCGUACGAUGUGGCAGAUAUGAUGAAACAGUUUUUUAGGGAUCUUCCAGAGCCACUCCUCACAAGUAAACUUGGAGAGACCUUUCUCCACAUAUACCAAUAUGUCCCCAAAGACCAGAGGCUCCGAGCCGUGCAGUCAGCCAUCAUGUUGAUGUCAGACGAGAAUCGAGAAACUCUGCAGACGCUUUUGUGCUUCCUUAGGGAUGUCACCUCAGUAGAAGAAAAUCAAAUGACCCCAAUGAAUCUCGCCGUGUGUUUGGCGCCAUCUCUGUUUCACCUUAAUUUAUUAAAGAAGGACAACACUCCAAGAGCGAUACAGAAAAAAUAUGCAACAGGGAAACCGGAUCAGAAAGACCUCAAUGAAAACCUGGCAGCUACACAAGGGUUGGCACACAUGAUAAUAGAAUGCAAUAAGCUGUUUGAGGUUCCGCAGGAGGUUAUAGCCCAGUCACGGAAUUCAUAUAUAGAAGCUGACAACCACAUUCUCACCCUGGAGGAGAUUGGGAAACAACUGGAAGAGGAUGGGGGCAACUAUAGCACAUACUUCGAAAAUGUUAUCCAAGCACUGCAGAAAGAAGCCAAGGAGAAGUUUAAAGGCUGGAUCUCAAUCUCAAGCCCCGAAAACACAGACCUUGCUUACAAAAAGGUUGGGGACGGCAACCCUCUGAGACUUUGGAAGGUAGCAGUUGAAGUAGAGGCUCCUCCAUCAAUUGUCCUUAAUCGCCUCUUGAGAGAGCGCCACCUGUGGGAUGAUGAUUUCCUUCAGUCGAAAGUGAUUGAGACACUCGAUAUUAAAACGGAAGUUUACCAAUAUGUGCUUGAUAGCAUGGCUCCACAUCCCUCCAAAGACUUUGUAGUUUUAAGAACAUGGAGAACUGAUCUGCCUAAAGGAAUGUGUACUCUGGUGGCUACUUCUGUGGAACAUGAAGAAGGUACGCUAAUCGGAGGAGUCAGAGCGGCUGUCCUCGAAACGCGUUAUCUCAUAGAACCUUGUGGAUCUGGGAAGUCUAGGUUGACACAUAUUUGCAGAAUUGAUCUGAAAGGCCAUUGUCCUGAGUGGUACAAUAAAUGCUUUGGACAUCUCUGCGCAGCCGAAGCACUGAGGAUCCGAAAUUCCUUUCAACCACUGGCUACAGAAGGACCAGAAACCAAAAUCUGAGAAAGCCAAAGGAAAUUCAGUCUUUUUAGAAGCUGGACACACCAUUCGAAUAUCAACAAGCUCUUAGAACAUUCCUUGGGAAUAUACUAUUAAUAAUUAUUAUUCGUUGUUUUAACUUAAUUGUAAAAAGGAGUCUCUAUGUACAUAUUCACUGUAAGUUUGUACAGUAUAUUUAGUAAGGUUCUAAAGUAACUCUUAUGUAUGUAAAUUAUAACUGUAUAAUGUCAUGCUUUCUAUGGAAGCAAUUUAUAUACUCUUUAUCAUUGGUAUGUUAUUUUUACAUUGCUCAUAUGGGUUUCACACGCAAAAAUAAAAUUAUAUAGAAUUAUUAUUUUUUAUUUUUUUUUAUUGUGACUACAAGUAUUAAAUCAGGGCAGUGAAACUUGUGCUUGGCUUAAACUAUAUAUUGAUGAUAUGAAUUUAAUACAUUAGGCUCCCUAGCCAUGAUGCACUGUGCUGCCUGAGCCAGAUAUGGUACUGUGUAAAUUAAAUUAUAUAAAUAUAUAUAUAUGGAGCUAUAUAGGCAUUUUUAUAUAUUCACAAUUAAAGUAUGGUAUCGAAUAGAAGUCGCCAAUGUGCAAUUACAAGCUGCUAUACAAAAAUAGCGAAAAAAGACAAAAAACUAAAAAAAGAGCUCUUGUAGGGCCUUUUUAAACUCAUUAUGUCGAUGUUUCAAUCGUUAUUUAGGAUGUCAAUGAAGACAAGUGCAAUGUUUUGCUCAUCAGUAUGGAACUUUUAUAAAGACAUCUCUGGAAAGAUUCCAUGCCGGAGACAGAAAUAUUGUACUGUUUAUAUUGUGUUUGUACAAUACAUAAUUCACAUUUUUUACCUA